AACAGUCAAAUGCAUUAUGGCUCCGGGGACUUUCUGGAACCCUCCCCACCCUCUCCGCGGUCUCCCCCCCGCUAGGGGGACAGGGUUGUCAGUGCUGCUGCUGAGGGUUGGGAGACUGCAUCUUACAGCUCCCUUGGGGCGUCUGCUGUCUCUCCUGCUGCUGCUGCUGCUCGUGCCAUGCUGCCAACCUGGCCUGCCUUGUGGCCAUCACCACCCAUUUAGGAAAGUCAUUUCUGGACAGGCUGCCCCCCUAAAUAAGUGGCCUUGGCAGGUGAGCCUUCAAAUAUACAACUCGCAUCUGUGUGGAGGAUCCCUCAUUAAUACGGAAUGGGUGCUGACAGCUGCCCACUGCAUCUUGUGGAAUUUUGAUUAUACUGUGAAGCUUGGAGAUGUGUUCUAUUUCAACCUUGGGAGUGGUACCUUCAUGACUGUCAGGGACAUCCUCAUCCAUCCUUCUUACUCAGAACUCAUUAUCCCCAAGAAUGAUCUUGCCCUUGUACGCCUGAACUCUUCUGUGAACCUCAGCCAAGCGACUCAACCUAUCUGCCUCCCAGAUAGCAAAUUUUAUGUGAAGAAUGGGACCCGCUGCUGGGUGACAGGAUGGGGCAGGACUGAAGACAAAAGGGAUGAUUCCUAUCCUUAUGUGCUCCAGGAAGCUGAUGUAUUCAUUCUUGAAAGACACCAUUGCAAUGAAAUUUUGAAAAAAUACUUGUUUUUGUCAAUAUUGAUACCCUAUAUCAACGAAAAGAUGAUCUGUGCCUUUCAUCCAAAAGGAAAAGAUGCCUGCCAGGGGGAUUCGGGGGGACCCCUUGUCUGUGAAGUCGGACAGCAUACCUGGGUACAGGUGGGGAUAGUGAGCUGGGGCUUUGGCUGUGGAAAAUUGGGAAUACCUGGACUGUAUACCAGAGUCAGUUCAUUCUCCAAAUGGAUCAUCAAAACCAUAAACAAACAAAGGUCUUCCUGUCGGAUCUCUUCCUGCACCCCGUUUGUGUCUCUACUGCUGCCCUUGUACGUCCUGAUAACUAUGUGACAGAUACUUCUGUCCCUCCAGUCUGUGCUCAGCUCCUUUUCUCCUACCUUUUUGCAAACCACCUUCAACUCUCGCUGCUCCCUCCAAGGACUUCUCAUGAACCAAUUACUGUAUGGAAAGCACAUGCCAAACCUUAAAACCAAAUAUAAACUUGUUACUACUGUUGAUUGUGGUAAUUGUUUCUA